AAUAGGGAAAAGAUGGGAAAAAAAAGAAACAAAUUGCAAGUGAUAUAAAUAAAUGAAAUAAACAUACAAACAAACAGUCUCAAUUUUUCUUGAAGUCCUGAUUAAAUUUAUUAUUAAUUUAUAGUUUAAUCUCUCCUCGUCGAGAAAAGAAGACCCACAAGGUUUCUCUUCUUUUAUCAUUGUCGGUUCCUUCGAAAUCCCUGGCGAAGUUUAUCUCAACUCGGUAGAGCAAAAUGAUGAGGCUGCGAACAUAUGCUGGUCUCAGUUUAGUCACGACACUAGCAGUUAUAUAUCAUGCAUUCAACAGCAGAGGCCAGUUUUAUCCUGCUAUGGUUUAUUUAUCAACCUCUAAGAUCAGCUUAGUGUUGCUUCUCAACAUGGGCCUUGUAGUUAUGUGUAUCUUAUGGCAAUUAACUAAACGGUUAUUCCUUGGGUCUCUUCGAGAAGCUGAGGUUGAGCGGUUGAAUGAGCAAUCAUGGAGAGAGGUCAUGGAGAUCCUCUUUGCAAUCACUAUCUUUCGGCAGGAAUUCUCUGUUCCAUUUCUUGCAAUGGUUACUGCUCUAUUGUUAAUCAAGGCUUUGCAUUGGUUGGCGCAGAAGAGGGUUGAGUACAUUGAAACAACCCCUUCCGUUCCGAAGUUAGCGCAUGUUCGGAUAGUUUCAUUUCUGGGUUUUCUUCUUCUGCUUGAUUCUCUGUUUUUAUACAGUUCUAUCAAGUUUCUGAUCCAAACACGACAAGCUUCAGUUUCCAUCUUCUUUGCAUUUGAGUACAUGAUACUGGCAACAACAACAAUGUCAACUUUUGUAAAAUAUGUUUUCUAUGUGAGUGACAUGCUUAUGGAAGGGCAAUGGGAGAAAAAAGCUGUAUAUACCUUCUACUUGGAGCUCAUCCGAGACUUGCUUCACUUGUCUAUGUACUUGUGCUUCUUUCUUGUGAUUUUCAUGAAUUAUGGUGUACCUCUGCACUUAAUACGGGAGCUUUAUGAGACAUUUAGGAAUUUUAAAAUUCGUGUUGCUGAUUACUUGCGGUAUAGAAAGAUCACCUCAAAUAUGAAUGAUAGAUUCCCGGAUGCAACCCCUGAAGAACUCUCUGCAAGUGAUGCAACAUGUAUUAUAUGUCGCGAAGAGAUGACCUUAGCAAAGAAGUUAAUUUGUGGACAUCUUUUUCACGUCCACUGCCUUCGAUCAUGGCUGGAGAGGCAGCAUACCUGUCCAACCUGCAGAGCACUUGUUGUACCACCUGAAAACGGAACAAGUUCAUCUGGAGGGCAACAUGGAACUUGGUCAGAUGCUCCUCGACAAGGGUCCAGCACGAGUUCAGCUACACAAGGUCCUGGUGUUGAGAUGGCCACUGAUGAUUUGACCCCUCAUCAGGCGAGGCUGCAGGCUGCUGCUGCUGCAGCAUCAAUAUAUGAGAAAUCCUACGUCUAUCCUUCUGCAAACACAUUAGUUUGGUCUCCAGGAAACGCUGUACUUCCAGGGUCUUAUGCGCCAUUGGCUGACACCAUGAAGGUGGAACAUAGUGGGGAAAGCCCAUCCAUUGGACAUCAACAGUUUGCCAUUCCUGGUGGACUGCCAAACUUGCCCUUUCCACAAUUCCCGAACUGUGUUUUUGUUCCUUUCCAGUUACCUGGUGCCAAUGGAAACUCAGGAGGAGGAGGAUCAGGGAGUAAUCAGAAUCUUUCAGAUUCCCAGUUGGAGGCUCAGAAGAAGACUAUUGAACAGCAGAUUGAGGUACUGCAACGUCAACUUCAGCUCUUGCAGAUGCACAAGUCAAAAACUGAGGAAAGCUCAGACAUUGGUCUCACAACCUCAUCAGAUAGUAAAGGAAAGGGCGUUGCAUCUUCUUCUUCUGAAGAGUAAAGAGGGUACAUAGUUCUUGCUCAACUCUAGCUUAUUUGAAUUCAUGUAGUGAUCUUAACCUAACACACAGAUUAUUACAUACUUCAGAAUUUUAUUCAUAACUUUUAGUGCCAUGUUACCUAUUUCCUUUAAAAAAAAAAAAUCUUUUCAGCUUA